AUGAUAACAUUACAUUCAAAUGGAUAUAAAGGUUUCCCAUUCUAUAUUAAUGCAAUAGCAUCAUUUGUAAUUGUUUUAUCAAAAAUGCCAAGAAUGGAUCGUGUAAGAUUAUUUGGAAUUAACAAAUAUUAG